UUAUCCAAAACCAUAAAACUAUACAAACUUUUCAGGAACGAAAGUAUCAAUAAAAUAAAAAUAGCCUAAAUGACUUUUGGCGGACAGAAGGAACAUAUUGGAAUUGGAAUUACAUAAUGCCCCUGAUUUGCCGUCAAAGAUUGAAACUGGGCAUUUGACUUGAAUGAAGACGUGUAAAUUUAGCAUAGAAUCUAUCAAAAAUUAAUUCAAUAUUUCUACCCGUUUGCCCAAACCGUCGACGCAAGCUGUCCUAACCGCCAGCAUCCCCGUGUCCCGCUUCCCCUCUUCUUCACAUCACAUUUAUACUUUGAAUGCGGCUUCAAAAAGGGCAACCAGAUUACCAGAGCUAAGUCACGGGAAGUCGGAGAAAGGAAAAAACAGAGUGCGAAAACUGUGAAGAUGAAAAAGAAAGGUCUGGACGGAGAAGUUAUGGACGGGUCAGAUAUAAUAGAGUUGGUUGGGAACGAAGAGGUGUUUACGAGCUUUGUCGAUCACAAGUUCCAAGAACUCGACAAAGACUGCGACGGCCAGCUCUCCGUCAAGGAACUCCAGCCCGCCGUCGCCGACAUUGGUGCUGCUAUAGGGUUGCCUGCUAUCGGCUCUUCUCCCCACUCUGAUCAUAUUUACUCUGAGGUUCUUAAUGAAUUCACACAUGGAAAACAAGAGAAAGUAAGUAAGAGUGAGUUCAAAGAGGUUCUAGGAGAUAUUCUACUAGGCAUGGCUACUGGUUUAAAGAGGGACCCUAUUGUAAUUCUUCGCAUGGACGGUGAAGAUCUGCUAGAGUUUUUAAACAAUCCAUCUUUUGAGACAGACAUGGUUUCUAUAUUCUCUGAGAUAGAACUGCAUGGUGGCUCCCUGAAACAAUACAUUGUGAGUGCAUUCAAGAAACUGACAGUCGAUCGUGGCGUGCCUCCUACCUCGGAUUCUUGGGUAAUGGGCAACAUUGUGGAACCAGCUGUGGGACCAUGCAGUACUACAGUCAACGAUCCGGUUACAAAAGACGCGUUCAUGGUUGAAUUUAAGAAGGUGGCAGAGAAUGUUGCUCAACGUCUGAAGGAACAUCCAGUAAUUGUUGCUCAUACUGAGAACACCUUUGAUGGAAGUGGCAUUAAGAAGUUGUUGUCCAACAAAUAUGAACUUGAUAAGACUCUGGAUUCUUCUAUUCAAAAUGUGCCUAAAGAUCGUCAUGGGAAAAUGUCAAAGAAAUACCUCCGUGUGACCCUUGAUCUGCUGGCUCCAGCAGCUGGCCUACCUCCCAUAGGUGCUGUUGAUGAGAUGGACAAGGUAAUUGAUGAAACACUGAAGAUGUUGGAUGGUGAUGAUGGGAAAAUGGUAAAAGAGGAGGAGUUCAAGAAAGUGUUAAGGGAGAUACUGGGUGGUUUGAUGAUGUGUUUGGAAGGGAAUGCUGUUUCAGUGUCCACUAACUCAGUUGUGCACGAACCCAUUGCUUCGGCCUCCACUCUGCUGGAUCCACCUUCCCCAUGAUAUGCUGAAAUCUGAUGAGAUCAAUGUAUGUGUUGGAGUAGGUAGGAGGGAAUAAUAACAGUUUCACAUAAUGUGCUGAUAUAGAAACCACUCAGUUACUACUACUUACCUAAUACCUUCUGAAUUUUUUGUAAAUAUGGCUACUAUUGUGUAUUUCCCUGUCUAUUGAUGGUUUCUUGGGAGGUAUAUCACUUGUUGAAACUGUGAGAGGCCUUCUUGCGUUGGUUGAAACUAAAGUGUAU